AUGGAUGGGUUCGGGGUUCACACAUUCCGCUUUGUGACUGAUGAUGGCGACUCCAAGUUCGUCAAGUUCCACUGGAAGUCCAAGCAGGGUAAAGCCAGCCUGGUCUGGGAUGAGGCGCAGCACUUAGCUGGAAAGAAUCCCGAUUACCACCGAAAGGAUCUCUGGGACGCUAUCGAGUCCGGUAACGGCCCUGAGUGGGAGCUCAAUGCUCAGAUCUUUGACGAAGACCAGGCCCUCUCUUUUGGCUUCGAUGUUCUGGAUGCUACCAAGAUUGUUCCCGAAGAGUUGGUUCCUCUUCAACCUCUUGGUGUUAUGAAACUGGAUGCGAACCCAGUCAACUACUUCGCCGAGACUGAGCAGAUUAUGUUCCAACCUGGACACAUUGUUCGUGGUAUCGACUUCACCAACGACCCUCUGCUGCAGGGACGUAUCUUCUCUUACCUUGAUACUCAACUCAACCGUCACGGCGGUCCCAACUUUGAGCAACUUCCUAUCAACCGUCCCCUGUCUCCUAUUCACAACAAUAACCGGGAUGGAGCUGGCCAGAACUUCAUCCACAAGAACACUGCUGCCUACACUCCCAACACUCUGAACAAUGGCUACCCAGCUCAGGCAAACCAGACCCAGGGCAAGGGCUUCUUCACUGCCCCAGGCCGCAAGGUUUCUGGGAACCUCGUCCGUGCCAGAUCUUCCACCUUCUCUGACCACUGGAGCCAACCACGUCUCUUCUACAACUCUUUGACAAAGGCUGAGCAGCAGUUCCUCAUCAACGCCAUUCGUUUCGAGACAAGUCAGCUCAAGUCGGAAACUGUCAAGAAGAACGUUCUCUUCCAGCUGAACAAGAUCAGCCACGACAUUGCUGUCAGAGUUGGAAAGGCUCUGGGUAUGGAGGCCCCUGAAGCUGACGACAAGUACUACCACGACAACACCACAGCUGGAAUCUCCAACUUUGGGACCAAGCUGCCUAGCAUUGCGACUCUGUCCGUUGGUGUCCUUGCUUCCAUCAACUCGGAUAACUCCAUUCAGCAGGCCAAGGCUAUCAAGAAGGCUCUUGGUGAAGAGAAGGUGACAGUGUCAAUCGUGGGCGAGGUUCUCGGAGACGAUGUCGAAGUUACCUACAGCGCUGCAACUGCCGCUCAGUUCGACGGUAUUGUCGUUGCCGGUGGUACCGAGUCUCUUUUCAACGGUACCGGAAAGUCAACUCUCUUUCCUCCUGGUCGUCCUACCCAGCUUAUUGUGGAUGGUUACCACUGGGGCAAGCCUGUUGGAUUCAUCGGAGGCGCAAAGGCGGCUGCUCAGGCUGCCAGAGUUGGCACUGGAAAGGGCGUCUACCUCUCCAAGGACGUUGAUUCUCUUGUCGAGGACUUGAAGGAUGGUUUGGCUACCUUUAAGUUCACUGACCGAUUCCCUCUUGACAACUAG